CCGCCCGCUCGUCCGCCGCCGACCGCGCCGCCGCCUGCCCCGCCAUGGGUCGACAGAAGGAGCUGGUGUCCCGCUGCGGGGAGGUGCUCCACAUCCGCUACCGGCUGCUCCGCCAGGCGCUGGCUGAGUGCCUGGGGACCCUCAUCCUCGUGAUGUUUGGCUGUGGCUCCGUGGCCCAGGUUGUGCUCAGCCGGGGCACUCACGGUGGUUUCCUCACCAUCAACCUGGCCUUUGGCUUCGCGGUCACCCUGGGCAUCCUUGUUGCUGGCCAGGUCUCUGGGGCGCACCUGAACCCUGCCGUGACCUUUGCCAUGUGCUUCCUGGCACGUGAGCCCUGGAUCAAGCUGCCCGUCUACACCUUGGCUCAGACGCUAGGAGCCUUCCUGGGUGCUGGGAUCAUUUUUGGACUGUAUUACGAUGCAAUCUUGGCCUUCGCCAGCAACCAGCUUAUCGUCUCGGGCCCCAAUGGCACAGCUGGCAUCUUUGCCACCUACCCCUCUGGACACUUGGACAUGGUCAAUGGCUUCUUCGACCAGUUCAUUGGCACAGCCGCCCUCAUCGUGUGUGUGCUGGCCAUUGUUGACCCCUACAACAACCCUGUCCCCCGAGGCCUGGAGGCCUUCACUGUGGGCCUGGUGGUCCUGGUCAUCGGCACUUCCAUGGGCUUCAACUCUGGCUACGCGGUCAACCCCGCCCGGGACUUCGGCCCCCGCCUUUUCACCGCCAUCGCUGGCUGGGGCUCCGAAGUCUUCACGACCGGCCGCCACUGGUGGUGGGUGCCCAUCGUCUCUCCGCUCCUGGGCUCCAUUGCGGGCGUCUUCGUGUACCAGCUCAUGAUCGGCUGCCACCUGGAGCAGCCCCCGCCCUCCACCGAGCAGGAGAAUGUGAAGCUGGCCCAUGUGAAGCACAAGGAGCAGAUCUGAGUGGGCAGGGGCAGUUCUGCCUGCCCCCGCUCCCUUGAGCAUCCAGUGACUUUGCAGAGGUGGCUCCACAAGCCUUCAUGAUCCCCUCCCAGGCUAAGAAGCUCCUUGUCUACCCCCACCCCACUGGACAGCCCCCUUCAGGAUUCCCACUGGACCCUGCGCAAAGAGGACCUUAGGCCACCGCCCUUAAGCUGUGGUGGGGCAGGGAUUAGGGCCAAUGUCUCUCUUUGUCUCCCAAAGGGAGUGAACGGCCAGCAGGUGCGUGAGUGUGUGUGCACGUGUGUGUGUGUGUGUGGUUUCCCAGAUAUUCAGGGUGAGGGACCAAGUGGAAAGGAGUCCCGCUGUGGGGGAGCCCCGAGGAAGGGGGAAGGCGAUGUGUCCAUUUGUGGGUGAGGAGUGCCAGGGUCUGCCAUGUUCCAGGGACUCCAUGGGGAAGAGGGUCCAAAUAUAUGUGUCUCUGAGUCUGUGUGUGUCUGCCCUUUUUCUAAGUGAGGGGCUUCUGUAGGCUUUGCGGGAGGCAGGGUGGGACUAUGGGGAGGACUGGGGGAGGGGGCCACAGCCCAGGUGUGGGGCUCUGGCCGAGUGACACGUUUCUGUUGUAAUGUAGGCAUGAGGGGUGGGGUGAAGUCCAGGUCGUAAGUUUCAUAUUGGCUCUUUUUUUCCUUUUUUUAAUAUAUAUGGCAGAUGUUACAGUUUUAGGGAUGGGGGUUGGGAGACUCUACUUUAAAUAGGGUCUUCACUCCUUUAAUCCGCACUCAAUAUAUGUACUCUUUUGCCUUUUAUAAAAAAAAACAAUAAAAUAUAUGCCUAAAACUGCCAA